AUGGGGGCAUACAGAGCAGACGACGAUUAUGAUUACUUGUUCAAGGUGGUUUUGAUCGGUGACUCAAGGGUCAGAAAAUCGAACCUUUUGUCCAGGUUCACGAGGAACGAGUUCAGCCUUGAAUCAAAGUCCACCAUUGGCGUCGAGUUCGCUACCAGAAGCAUUCGGGUCGAUGAUAAGGUCGUCAAGGCUCAUAUUUGGGACACCGUCGGCCAAGAAAGAAAACAUGAAAUUGCAAAUGAAAAUUUCAUUGGAGAGAGGGAGAAAGGAGUGGCGUGGAGACGGCUGGGUGGUUCUUUGGGCGGCGACGGGAGAGUGGUGGUUGAGAGGUCGGGUUGA